AUGCUCAAUCUCGUUCAAGCCGCUGAAUCCGCUGCCCGCAACCCGCCGCCGUCGUCGUCGUCGAGUGCCACGUUCGCUGAUCCCCGUCGCGGCUUCUGCUCGUUCGAGUUCUUCCCUCCAAAGACCGACGCAGGCGUCGCUAAUCUCAUGGAGCGCAUGGAGCGUAUGGUCGCUGCAGGACCACUGUUUGUCGACGUGACAUGGCGAUCUGGAGGCGAAACAAGCGCCGUUUCGCUCGCGAUCGCCAAGGCCGCACGACAGCUGCUGGGCCCAGAUCGAGUCAUGCUGCACAUGACGUGCGCCGGCGCUUCGAAAGCCACUCUUGUGAGCCAUCUGGCUACAGCUGCUGCGGCCGGUGUCCAGUGCAUUUUGGCCUUGCGAGGCGAUGAUCUGGACGACUUUGAAGAGCAAAACAACGCCCCGUUCAAGUACGCCAUCGACCUCGUUCGCCUCAUCCGCAGCGAAUUCACCAACAAGUUUACCGUGGCGGUUGCAGGGUAUCCGGAAGGCCACGGAGGAAUUGGAUACGCAGUCAAUCUCAAGCACCUGAAGGAAAAGGUUGAUGCAGGAGCAGAUUUUAUCAUCACUCAAAUGGUCUACAAUGCUGAAGUCUUCUUGCAGUUCUUGCAAGACUGUCGCGGAAUUGGCAUCACUUGUCCAAUUAUUCCAGGAAUUAUGCCGAUUACCAACUACCAGCAAUUUAUCCGCAUCAUUUCCUUGACCAAGGUCAUGGUCCCAGAUGACUUGCUGGACGCACUUCGAGCCGUCAAGCACGACGAUGCGGCCGUUCGAGAUAUUGGCUCGAGUUUUGUGCUGCAACUAAUCCAACAGUUCCAAAACGCUGGCGUUUUCGGAGUGCACUUUUAUACAAUGAAUUUGGAAGAGCCUGUCGUUGGGCUUGCGGAGACCGCUGGACUCCUUGACCCGGCGAGUGUGAAAAUUCGAUCGAGCGAGCAACAGGAACUCGCUGGUGAAGAAGCAUCGUCCAACGAGCUACAUGGUUCGCACCAGCGAUUGGAAUGGGGUGAUCACCAAUCGCCUGCGUUCGGUGACUUGUCCGACUUUCAUUUGGCUGCUGUUCACCCACCAACUGGCUUCCUGCAGCAUGCAGGUAGACUCAAGACAGAGCAAGAUGUGUUUGAGGUUUUCGCCAAGUAUGUUCAAGGUGAUAUUCCCAUGAUCCCAUGGUGUAGCAACCCUCUCGAUUCCGGUUGCAUUGCAGAAACAUCGAGCAUCUCCCAGCGUCUCGCCAACCUCAACCGCCAUGGCAUCCUCACCAUCAAUAGCCAGCCAGCCGUUAACGGAGUGCCGUCGACAGAUUCCGUGUUUGGUUGGGGUCCUGCAGACGGUCUGGUCUAUCAAAAGGCCUACGUCGAAUUCUUUUGCGAUUCUCAGCGGCUGGACAAGUUAGAACGCGUGCUCAGCGCGCACCGCCACCUGACCCUGCAUGCCAUUCGGGCAGAUGGUACCGAACGUGUCGGCGCUACAAACCACACCACAGCACUGACCUGGGGUGUGUUUCCCAACCGCGAGAUUGUGCAACCCACCAUCAUGGAUCCUGUGAGCUUCCGCGUGUGGAGCACUGAAGCGUUUACGCUUUGGCAACGGCACUGGGCUCGGUUGUACCCGGCGAGUAGCACGGAACGUGCACUGCUCUCGACGAUCGCCCACUCUUACUGGCUUGUGACGGUUGUCGACAAUAACUUUGUGGCCAGCACGUUGUUUGAUGCUCUCGAUCAGGUGGUGAUGGCAUGA